UAUAAACAAGCGAUUGCUGAAUUGCAGCAAAAACUAGAAGAACAAAGAAGUAACGAAUAUAUAGUGGUAUCAGAUUUGCAACAGCAAAUAGAAGAUAGAGAGCAGAUUAUAUCAGAGAUGAGGUUGGAAUUAGAUGAUC